AUGGUUGCUUUUAUUAGAUGUAAAAAAAGUCAUCCGUGUCGUAGACUCAACUCGCUCCUCGGCUCUGUUCUUAUAGUUACUGUUUUUUUUUUCUCUCUCUUUGGUUUCAUCGGCUUAGAUCCAGCUUAGAUCUACGCCGAUCUCUUUUAUUUCCCUCCAUUUCUUCCUCCUUUUCUCCUUGUCUCCUCUUAUUUUUGCUUAUUUCACCAAUUUCAAAGCUCUGAACUAUAAGUGAAGAACAAUAACCCAGAUUUGAUUCGGGGUUUGGAUAUCAAAUUAAGCUGAAUUUCUGCUGGUUUCAGCACUGUCUAUGACUUUUGGGGGAAUAAAAUGGAGUGGAGUGUAAACAAUGCCUUCAAGAGUUACAAAGAUAUGGAACCCAAAAGCACAAUGGAUAUGGUGCUCAUUCCUAAUAUGGAUACAAUUGAUAUUGUACUUGGUUCUUCAGAAAAGGGAAAUGUUGUCCCCUCGGCAAAGCCUAGGAAGAAGACAAUGACAUCGGUUUACCUCAAGUAUUUCGAGACAGCUCCUGAUGGGAAAACUAGGAGGUGCAAGUUUUGUGGUCAGAGCUAUUCUAUUGCAACUGCAACAGGCAAUUUAGGAAGACACCUUAGUAAUCGGCAUCCUGGGUAUGAUAAGACAGGGGAGAAUGUUUCUAGUUCAGCACCACAGCCGUCCACCACCCCCACCGUAAUCAAGAAACCUCAACCACAAGGAAGAGCACCUCAGGUCGAUUAUGAUCAUCUGAACUGGUUGCUUAUUAAAUGGCUUAUUUUAGCUACUCUACCUCCUUCAACUUUAGAGGAAAAGUGGUUAGCAAACUCCUUUAAAUUUUUGAAUCCAUCAAUACAACUAUGGCCAGGUGAGAAGUACAAGGCAGUAUUCCGCGAAGUUUUCAGGAGCAUGAGAGAAGAUGUUAGAGCAUCUUUGGAACAGGUUUCUUCCAAAGUCUCGAUUGCUCUUGAUUUCUGGAGUUCAUAUGAGCAAAUAUUUUACAUGAGCAUCACAUGUCAGUGGAUUGACGAAAACUGGUCCUUCCAAAAGGUGCUUCUCGAUAUAUGUCAGGUACCUUACCCUUGUACCGGCUCCGAAAUAUAUAACUCGCUGGUAAAGGUUCUUAAGAUGUACAAUAUUGAGAAUAAAGUUCUCUCAUGCACCCAUGAUAAUAGUCAAAAUGCUAUCCAUGCUUGCCAUGCUUUAAAGGAGGACUUGGAUGGUCAGAAAAUGGGGCCUUUCUGUUUUAUCCCUUGUGCCGCUCGUACGUUGAGUUUGAUUAUAGAUGAUGCAUUAAGAACAACGAAACCCGUUAUUGCCAAGGUCCGGGAAUUUGUACAAGAGUUAAAUGCAUCCUUAGAUAUCUCAGAGGAUUUCAUUCAAUUAGCAACAGCUUAUAAAGAAGGUAGUUGGCAAUUUCCGCUUGAUGCUUCAGCACGGUGGAGUGGCAGUUACCAAAUGCUUGAUAUUGUUCAGAAGGCCGGGAAGUCGAUGGAUGCCGUUGUAAGGAAGAACGAAGAGAUGUUGGGUAAUCGGAUGUUGCUGAAUACUGCAGAGAAGAAUGUUGUCAAUAUUGUUCACAAUUACCUGGAGCCUUUCUACAAAGUCAUUAGUGAGAUAUGUGUAAACACCCCACCUACGAUCGGGAUGGUUAUUGUCUACAUGGAUCACAUUUCGGAUACAAUCACAACACGACAACCACCAGAUUGGCUAAAGAAUCCUGCCGAAGACAUGGCCAAAAAGCUCAGAAGUUACAACAACCAAGUUUGCAACAUAUUCAUCCAUAUGACAGCCAUUCUCGAUCCCCGUAUUAAAUGUGAACUCAUACCUGAGAGUCUCAACUCCGAAAACUAUUUAGAAGAAGCACGAGCCCAUUUUGUAAGAAAUUAUUACACCACCCCUUUUUCAUCCAUGACAAGUGGAUACUCUUCUCAAGAUAUAGAAGAUGGAGGAGCUGUUUCUUUUGCCGAGGAGAUCGCUCGAAAGAAACGAAGAGCAAGCAUGAGCAAUGCCACCGACGAACUCACCCAGUAUCUUUCCGAGUCACCAGCUCCUACAAAGACGGAUGUCUUGGAAUGGUGGAAGGUCAAUAGUACGCGUUACCCUCGGCUCUCCGCGAUGGCUAGAGAUUUCUUAGCUGUCCAAGCAACUUCGGUUAAACCCGAUGAACUGUUUUGCAGUAAAGGUGACGAGAUCGAUAAGCAACGAUUCUGCAUGCCACAUGAUAGCACACAAGCUAUCCUUUGUAUUAAAUCAUGGACUCAAGGAGGUCUCAAGUUAAAAUAUAAGUCAACCGAGAUCGACUAUGAGAGAUUGAUGGAAAUGGCAGCCGCUGCAGCUGCGGAUAUUAGCUUGGCUGGUAUGGAUAAGAAACAAAAAUGAUUUUGAAGUUACUUUGAUUGACUUGUUUAGCAAGUAAUGUAAAGGACUGUCUGACUUAGUUAAGUUGGUAAUGUAGCUUAUCCCACGAGAGGGAACUGAAUUUUCAUUUAUAUUUUUCCUUCUUUAUUGUUGUAAUGUAUGAUAUAAAAAUUUAUGUACUUAUGUACAGCUUAAAAUUUGUUAGAA